AUGGACAGUGGAAGUAAUAACUCAGAGGAACAGGGGAAGCCGCCUGCUAGUUCCUUACUGAAUGCCUUCAGCAGCUUCUUCACCCGGGAUAGAUCUGCCUCUACAGACUUGGAGUCGGCCGUGCUGAUGUCUUUCAAGGAGCUGCCACAUCGCAAGAAUCCUCUUCCUGAAGGUGGUCAAGCCACUAACAGUAAGUACAAGCUAAAAGGGCGGGUGGAUGAAGGAGCAGCUGGAGCACAAGUUGACACAGACCUGGUCCAGGUCACCAAGGUGGAAACACACAAGACUGAAGGUCAUAAUGCUGCCACGGCCUCUCCAUCCAAGCAGACAGAAGCUGUAGAUAGUACACAAAAGGAAGAGGCACCUGUUCCCUCCACUCCUAAGACUCCUGAAGUGUCAGUCCAAUCAUCCUCUGGUCCAGAGGAGCAAUCAGACACUGCCGGUUUUACAAAGACACCCAUGUCACCAUCAUCUGCACCGGAAAAGCACCUGGGUGGCAUUCAGCCAGGCGGCAGCCCUACUUCACAGCGCACAACUGCUCCAAAGACACCUGAAAUGAAUACCUCUACCUCAUCCCCGUCCAGGGCCGCGGCGCUCUCUUCGUCCCCUUCCUUCCAGAUGCCGGCUCUCUUCAGUGGGUUGAGGGUGCUGAAGAAAGGAGCAGUGGGUGAAGACAGGGAGACGGUAUCGGAGAUCAAGCAGAGGGAGAAGGAUGCUGACCUGGCCCUGCUCAGUUUGAAGAAGACAGUGAACAAAGCUAAGCUCUUGCCUGAGCAGAGGACUCCCUCUCCAGCCAAAAAACACGCAGAGCCGAAACCCGCUGCAGAUACUAAAAGUACUGUAAUGGGACAGCUCAGUCAUCUGCUCAACAAAGACAGCCACAGUGAGACCAAACAGUCAGGUCAUGGGCAGGAUGCUGAUCUCAAACACGGCAAAAAAGAGUCUGAGAAUAGAGAUGAGGUUGCUGGAGAAGAGAAAACUCCAGACCCAGUAACUCCUACAGCCACACCUGAAAAAAAGAAAACCUCAGAUCUGGCCUAUGAAACCUUCAGGAGCAUCUUUGGCCCCAAAAGCAUCAAAAAGGAGAAAGCUGAAGAGGUGGAUAUGGAGGCACUGAAAAAGAAAAUCAAGAAUGACAAGGAAAAUCUGAGGUCGAUUUUUGAGAAAACCUCCAAAUCUCCUCUGAAGGAAAUCAGUAGUCCCACAGAGGCUAAUACAGAAGUCACGUCCCCUACAGACAGUGAGGACCGGACUCCAGGGCGGCUGCAGGCCGUGUGGCCCCCACCCAAACCUAAAGAUGAAGGGGAGAAGGUGGGGCUCAAGUACACCGAGGCAGAGCACCAGGCCGCCCUCUUGCAGCUGAAGAGAGAGUGCAAAGAAGAGCUGGAGAGGAUGCAUUCCGACUUUGAGCUUCAGACCUUCCAACUGCGAGGAGAGCAUGCCGUCUCAAUAUCUCACCUGGAGGGAGUCAUCGCUAAGAUGCAAAGAGACAAGUCGUACAAUAUCAGUCAGGAGCGCGGUGAAGUCCGCGAUGCCGCUGUGUCCACGGCAGAUGACCCCACGAGCAAGACCUACCGCACUGUGGGUAUCCAGACGGACAGGGAGACCUUCAUCAAGAGCCCUGAGGGUGAUGGGGGCGGUCUCGCUCAAAGCCCCAACCAGAACGUGCCGAAAAAACUCAACUUGGACUCUAUCGGUCUGAACCUAAAAGGUGAAGCGGCCCCAGGGGCUCCUGGACCAGCCCCGCCACCUCCACCUCCUCCUCCACCUCCUCCACUUCCACCAGGCUUUUCAGGACCACCACCACCUCCUCCUCCUCCCCCUCUUCCAGGCAACGCUGGAGCACCACCACCGCCCCCUCCUCCUCCUCCUCCUCCUCCCUCCCCGCCCUGUCGCAGCAACGCUGGACACCACCACCACCGACCCCUCCACCAACCUUCCUCUUCCCUGAGUGCCCCGCCGCCCCCACCCCCUCCGCCUCCCCCUCCUGGCCUACCUGGAGCUGGUCCACCACCUCCUCCCCCUCCUCCAGGAUGUUGUCCUCCACCUCCUCCGCCUAUGGGGGGGUUCAGUUUUGGCCAGAGCGUGGAGAAGGCCCCACGGAAGCCUACCGUCGAGCCAGCCUGUCCCAUGAAGCCGCUGUACUGGACCAGGAUACAGAUACAGGACAAUAAGUACACUAAGAUCUUCACUUCUUUUUCUAGCAACAACACACUGUGGGGCUCUCUGGAGGAACCGAACAUCGUCAACACCAAUGAGUUUGAGGAUCUUUUCUCUAAGGCCACGCUACAGCCGAAGAAGAAACCCCUGUCAGACACCUAUGAGAAGAAAGCCAAGACAAAGAAGAUUAUCAAGCUGCUGGAUGGGAAGCGUUCACAAGCAGUUGGCAUCCUCCUAUCGAGCCUGCAUCUGGAGAUGAAGGACAUUCACCAAGCGGUUCUUACUGUGGACAACUCUGUGGUGGACUUGGAGACCAUUGAGGCUUUAUAUGAAAAUAGGGCAACCACUGACGAGAUGGACAAGAUAAUGAGACAUUAUGAGAAGUCCAAAGAAGAUGAAAUCAAACUGUUGGACAAACCUGAACAGUUUCUCUAUGAGCUGUCCCAGAUUCCUGAUUUUGCGGGCCGGGCCCACUGCAUCAUCUUCCAGUCAGUGUUUCUCGAUACUAUCUCUUCCAUCCGUCGCAAGGUGGAGAUUAUCUCCAAUGUCAGCAAAGAGCUGCUAGAGUGCGACAGAUUGCGGGAUAUAAUGGGUCUCGUUCUGGCCUUUGGGAAUUAUAUGAAUGGAGGGAACAGGACAAGAGGUCAAGCUGAUGGCUUUGGACUAGAGAUCCUCCCCAAACUAAAAGAUGUCAAGAGCAGGGACAAUCGUAUCAAUCUGGUGGAUUAUGUGGUUUUAUACUACCUACGUAACUUUGACGAGCAUGCCGGUACAGAGAAGAGUGUGUUCCCUUUGCCAGAGCCUCAGGAUUUGUUCCAGGCUGCUCAGGUUAAGUUUGAAGACAUCACCAAGGACAUCAGGAAGCUGAAGAGAGAUCUAUCGGCUUGUGAGAAGGAUGUGCACAAGGUCUGUGCUAACUCGUCAGAGGAACACCUCCAGCCCUUCCAGGAGAAGAUGGAGGGAUUUAUCUCUGCAGCUCAAAAGGAUCACUCCGCUGAAGAGGACCGGCUUGGUUCGGCACAGAAACGUUUCCAGGACAUGGUGAGCUACUUUGGUUCUAAGCCAAAGGCCGGGGAGAAAGAAGUGGCCCCGAGUCACGUCUUUAUGCUCUGGUACGAGUUUUGCAAUGACUUCAAGAACACCUGGAUACGACAAAACAAGAACAUCUCCAAGGAGAGGUUGAAGGAAGCUCAAGAAAACAUCAAGAAGAUCACAGCAGAGAAGAGAGUUGAAACCAAGAAGAUCAAUGCCAAUAGUCUGAAAGAAAGGCUGCGGCAGAAGGAAUCCAGCGUGUCCUCCAGCUGAAAUGACAAGGGACAAAGCAGAAGAAGAAACGAUGAGAGGCGGAGGUAAGAAAGUGCGCAGGCCUUAACGCUCCGUCGUCAAACCACCUGCCUCCACAACACUGGACUGCCCUCCGUGCCCCGUACGAACUCACAGUAAAACCUGGCC